AUGACAAAUUUCAACGAAACCAACAGCUUUUUCGAGGAGGAAUCCAAGACCAGAACAGUCGAGCGACAUAGGAGCAAAGUUGCACUAAUCUGCGGAGACGACGAAGCAACAUUCUUCAGCCUGAACCAAAAGUCUAAUCAAUUCGCCCGAAGCUUACGUCAAAAUGGUGUGCGGAGAGGGCAUGUCGUCGCGGUUGCUCUUGAUCGAUCCGUCCAUCUUGUGGCCAUGCUGUUGGCUGUCAUGAAGACGGGCGCCACAUAUGUGCCCAUUGACCCAGCUCUACCGGCACAGCGUGUCAAGAUGAUGAUUGCGGACGCCCAUCCCAAGCUGGUCAUUACCGAGGAUGAGAGCCCCCACUUACAGGACCUUGAAGACACUUUCUGCAUGACCGCGACACAUCUCGCCACUCUGAGUCAGGAGCCGCACAAUCUGAACUUGGAUGUCCAUCCGUACGACCUCGUCUACAUAAUGUACACGUCCGGGUCUACAGGCACACCAAAGGGGGUCGAGGUAACGCACGGGAGCGUGGCCAACUUGCUACUGUCUAUGAAGCGCGAGCCUGAGUGCGGUGAAAGGGAUCGCUUGUUGGCACUCACCACGGUCUCCUUCGACAUGGCCGUUCUGGAGCUCUUCCUUCCCCUCCUAUGCGGUGGCACCGUAGUCCUCGCCCAAAGACACCACCAAACAGAUCCAAGGGCAAUCAUCGAGUUGAUCGCGAAACACGACGUCAACAUGGUGCAGGGCACGCCCGCCAUCUGGCAAAUGCUUCUCGACUCUGGCUGGGCUGGCGAACCCCGUCUUGAGAAGGUACUUUGCGGCGGCGAAGCUCUCUCGCGCACAUUGGCCGAUCGGCUGUUGGCCUGUUGCGACUGCAUGUGGAAUAUGUAUGGGCCGACCGAGGCCACUGUCUACGCUUGUAUCUGGAAAGUCACGAAAGGUCAUACUAUUGCUGUGGGCAGUCCAAUCACCAACUGUCGACUUUACAUCCUCGACGAAGAUAUGAGCCCUGUACCCACAGGCAGCCUCGGCGAGCUCUUCAUCGCCGGCAGCGGUGUAGCCCAAGGAAUCGAGCUUGGAGAUGUGGAAGCAGCCAUCAACCGGCACGAUCAGGUGUCCGCGACAGUUGUGACAGUCCGGGAUGAAAGACUGGUGGCUUAUUACAUCCGAAAGCACUUGGGAGAAAACCAGCUUGACCGCGUCUUGCGGCCGUGGCUGAAGGAAACCCUGCCUAGCUACAUGAUCCCUGCUUUUUUCGUUGAGUUGCAGUCCUUCCCGGUGACAAUCAAUGGAAAGAUCGAUCGCAGAGCCCUGCCAGACCCUGUCACCAUCACAUCGACGAGGGUCGUGCCACUGGACGUUGAGUCAUUGGGGUAUCAAAUAGGGAAGAUCUGGUCAGAAAUCCUCGGACAUGAUCAAUUUGGCAAUGAUGACAACUUCUUUGAGAUUGGAGGGGAUUCUUUGCGUUUAGUGCGCGCCCAGGGCAAGCUGGAAGCUCUCCUCUGUCAACCUGUUCCUAUAACCAAGUUAUUUGAGCACUACACCAUCAAGAGCUUGGCAAAUUACUUGUCCGACAGAGGCAUUGAGAAAAAUGGCCCAAGUCCUGGUGAGGGCACGCACUAUCGCCCCAGCAACGACGACAUUGCGAUUGUCUCCAUGGCAUGUCGCCUGCCAGGUGGUGUCAACACUCCAGAGGAGUUUUGGACACUAUUAGACCAUGGUGUAGAUGUCAUAACGCAGGUUCCACAAGGGCGCUGGGAGAACAAUUCGGAAGGGAGACAUUGUCGUCACGGGGGGUUUAUUUCGUCCAUCCACGCAUACGAUGCUAGCUUCUUUGGUAUCUCGCCACGUGAGGCACGCAGACUAGAUCCUGCACAAUAUUUGAUGCUUGAGAUAGCCUGGGAAGCUUUCGAAAGAGCUGGAUACACUCCUGAGCAACUUCUGGGCAGUAAAACAGGCGUCUACGUUGGCACAAGCAAUAUCCUUGCGCACGUCCCCCUGAACUCAGACGCCGUUCAGACCACAUCCCAGCUCGACGGCUACCAUGCAACAGGGUCUGCUGGCGGUACAAUUUCAGGACGAAUUUCAUAUCAUUUCGGACUCGAGGGCCCCACGAUGACCAUUGACACGGCGUGCUCCUCGUCUCUCGUCACGACACAUCUUGCCUGCCGUGCACUUCAAAAGGGAGAUUGCGACAUUGCUCUCUCUGGGGGCGUGAGUCUGAUGCUCAACCCAGGACUCCACGCGGAAUUCAGCCUUCUUGGCGGCAUGUCACCCGAUGGCCGCUGUCGGUCGUUCUCUUCGGACACGCAAGGUACUGGCUGGUCAGAGGGCUCCGCGGCAGUCGUCUUGAAGCGACUUUCCGAUGCACAGCGUGACGGUGACAAAGUCCAUGCCGUUAUUCGUGGCACGGCCGUCAACCAUGAUGGCCGCAGCGCCACCCUGACUACACCGAACGGAUCGGCACAGACGAGGUUGAUACGUGCGACUUUGAAAGACGCUGAUCUGCAGCCAGUCGAUAUUGACUAUGUCGAGGCACAUGGCACUGGUACUAAACUUGGUGAUCCAAUCGAAGCAACCGCCAUUGCGGAGGUGUUUGGGCCCGAUCGCAAGACCGGAGACACGUUUCUUGGUGAGAUUACGGCCGGUCACAUCGCGGGCGUUAUGGAUCUGUCGGGGUCGUGUCGACUUGUGGCCGCGCGUGGACGGUUGAUGCAGAGUCUUGAGAGCGAUUCCUUGAGCAUGAUAUCCUUGAGUGCUUCUGCUUCAGAAGUGGAAAAUGUCAUCCUAUCUCUGGGCCUUGGUGGCGAAGUGGAAAUUGCUCUUUAUAACUCACCAACGCAGACGGUCAUCUCAGGCGAUGAUGAAGCAGCCAACACUGUAGCGAGUCACUUCGCAACGCAAGGCUACAAGAUCAAGGCUUUAACACAGGGGAAUGCAUUCCACUCGAGACGCAUGGACGCAAUACUAGACGACUAUCACGCUAUUGUUGAAAGUCUCGACCUGCAAGCUCCCAAGAUCGACUUUGUGAGUAGCGUUGAGGGUGGACACGUCAAACCGGACCGACUACUGCAAGCGGACUACUGGGUUCGGCAGGUCCGCGAGCCAGUUCGCUUCGCCAAAGGCAUGAUGACCCUUAUUGAUGAUGGAAUCAGUAGUUUCCUUGAAAUCGGGCCUCGUCCAAUCUUGAGUGCGCUGGGGGCUGCUUGUCUUCCAGACGGCAGUGGACCUGUGGCCUGGUUGCCGUCUCUUGACCGUGGCAGAGAUCCCACGAAUAUCCUCUCGCGAAGCGCAUCCUCUUUACACGAGCGUGGUGUCAAAGUCCACUGGCGUAACUACUUCAGUCCCUACAACUGUCGACGUGUCGAGCUCCCGACAUACGCAUUCGAUCGAGCGUUCUUGACUAGGCCUGAAGUCACUAGGCCUGAAGUCGCAAAGAACAAGGAGGACACAUUGCCAGGUGACUGUGACUCCGUAUACCAUCUGCAAUACGAGAUGAUAUGGCAACAGUGGGCUGUGCCAAAGGCUCGGCCUUCUGGAGUAUGGGGCCUGUUUCCUACCACCAGUACAGCAACUAGCUGGACAAAAGCUGUUGCCGAGUCCAUACGCGGCACAGGAAUGCAGCUGAUUCCUGUUCAGAGUAUUCGAGAUUCGGAGGGUCUCGCCGGUCUGAUUAUGAUGUUUGAUGCGACCUCGAAUGAUGUGGACUGUUCGAGCUUGAGAGAUCUCAUUGCAGAGGGCCUACAGACACUACAAGAAGCCGCAUCUUCAAAGUUCUCGCUCCCCCCCAUUGUGUGGAUUACGAACCACGCUGUUGGGACUGGUGUCAGGAUCUACGACGAGGGUAUGAAUUUAGCUGCCGCACCACUCGCGGGGCUGAUUCGAACGGUCAGCAGCGAGCAUCCAGAGUUGAGCCUACGGUUGAUCGACAUCACCGAGCCUCCUGGUGGCGAUAUCCUUGUGGCAAUAUUGUCCCGAGAUGACGAGCCAGAGUGUGUCGUGCGCAAGGCCUCCGUACUCGUACCACGCAUGAAAAGAGUCACGCCGAUCCCAAAGUCUCUCUCAAAGCCGGAGAUGAUCCGCCAAGACGGAGCUGUCAUUAUUACUGGAGGCCUUGGUGAUCUCGGAAUGCGUGUGAGUAGAUGGCUUUUGACACGCCACAACGUCCGUGAUCUCGUCCUCGUCUCGCGCAAGGGACUUCAGUGCCCUGGAUCAGCAGACUUUGUGGCACAGCUCACCGCACUUGGAGCUCGGGUUACAGUUGCAGCCGGCGACGUCUCCAAACCUUCCACCCUCGAAGAUAUUAUAGCCAUGUUCAAUGACAACCGUCCUUUGCGAGGCGUGUUUCAUGCGGCGGGUGUCUCGGACUCGGGGGUUCUCUCAGCCAUGACCCCAGACAGGUUCAUGACUACACUCCUCCCCAAGGCUGUGGGCGGCUGGGCGCUCCAUGAGGCGACCAAGCAUCUCGACCUCGAUGUCUUCUUCCUUUUCUCAUCCAUUUCAGGGGUCAUGGGGAUGCCGGGCCUCGCCAACUACGCUGCCUCUAAUGUCUUUCUGGAUGCUCUGAGCCACGCGCGUCGCGCUCAGGGAUUACCUGCGACAUCUGUCGCCUUUGGCACCUGGGCUGGGGAAGGAAUGGCGUCGAAGCUCAGCGAGAACACUCUUGCCAAUUUGGACCAGUUUGGUCUCGAUUUCCUGACUCCAAGAGAGGGUUUUUCUCUGAUGGAAGACUCCAUCAUGUCCGAGAGGGCAGUAACGGUCGGCGCUGCGCUUGAUCUAUAUCGAUUACAAACGUAUUUGGAGUCACAGAGCAGAGUGCCACCGUAUCUUGGUCAGCUCCUCGGUCGAGGAGACGGCAAUGGCACUUCGCAGCCUGACCUUCAAGUCGUUCUUAGUGGUGCUGAUCCCGCUCAUCAUCCUGACAUAAUCCUACGCCUUGUUCGAGACGUAGUGGCGCGCGCUCUUGGCUUCACCUGGAGCGAAGAUGUGGAUGUAAAUCGCCCACUGCAGGAGAUCGGCAUCGACUCGCUGACGGCGGUACAAACACGCAACCAUCUAGCAACAAUGACGGGCUUGAGACUUUCCGUCAAUAUUCUCUUUCAUCACAAAAACUUGCUUGACCUGAGCGGGUUUUUACUUUCAGAGUUACAGAGUAUAUCUGCUUCGGGGUCGGUGGAGUCGUUUGGCGUCGAGACGCUGGGAACAUCGGUGAAGGGUGACAUAGCUUCACUUGACAUGGAAACUAUCUGCAAAGGCUGUCUGGACAGCUCGAUCACCUUCGAAAACAUGGAGAACGGCUUGAAGGAACGCCCUAGCGCCGUGUUUCUCACCGGUGGUACUGGCUUCGUCGGGGCUUUCAUCCUCCACGACCUCUUGAAAAAAGGCAUCCGUGUCUAUGCACUCGUCAGAGCCAAUGAUCUCGACAUGGCUCGGUCGAGAUUGACCAACGCACUUGAAAGCUACGACUUGUGGAAACCAGCUUUCACGCCGCUUCUCGAACCAAUAACGGGCGACAUUUCGAAACCAUUCCUGGGAUUGGAUGAAGACGACUUUGUGAAUCUGGCCAGCAGAAUCGAUGCAAUCUGCCACUCUGGCGGUCUCGUCGACUGGAUGCGUCCUCUAGAGGAUUAUACAGGGCCCAACAUCAUCAGUGCCCACGAAGUCCUACGCCUGGCAUCCCUCGGCUGUCCCAAGUCGGUACAUCUGAUCUCCACCAUAUCGACACUGCCAAAGCACAUGGGUUUCGACUUGACUGAGAAAGAUCAGGAGUACGGCUAUGGGACUUCAAAGUACAUUGCUGAGAGACUAGUUUCAGCAGCCCGUUGGCGCGGAGCCAAAACAACGGUAUAUCGCCUGCCAUAUGUGGCCGCUUCGGCUUCCACUGGUCACUUUCGGCGUGAUCGCGGUGAUUUUUUCCAUAAUUUUAUCUCUGGCUGUCUAGACGUGGGAGUGUGGCCGCGCGUGGACGCAGACAUGUCUGCCGUCCUACCCGUCGACUACUUGGCCAGGACCACCGUCGACAUCAUGACUGCAGACUUGCCCAAACAAGGCCAGGACUAUGAUUUCCGGAAUUCGCAGGCUGUUAGCUGUACCGACUUUUUUACAUUCAUGGCGAAGCAUCUUGAUGGUGAGAGCAACUUCGUCUCGUUCAAGAAGUGGAAGCAACUAGCUUCGGCGUAUGGUUUGGCCCAUCCCACUAACUCUCUUGCUCGUAUAUCUGCUGUCCUUGAUGACUAUACCGAGAAAACGGCGCACAAGAUAUUCAAGGUCUUACCAGGGGGGGAGCAUACGCUGGGACAGGACGACUACCCUGUACCACCAUUUGAUGUGCAGUUUGCAUCUCUGUACAGGGGGAGAAUAGCAGCAGCUAGUCAAUAA